AUGACGUCUCGUUCAAUUGCAUUAAUAGCCACUUUGGCAAGUGGACUAGUAUCAGCACAGCGCUUGAAUCCAAGCAGUCCACAUGCUCGGAAGAUUCACGAGGAUGUACAGACAGAACGUAUUCUAUCGACAAAGACACAGCCAGAUAAGCACAAGCAGACGAACGAAGGGGAUUUGGUAAAAAACCUGCCGGGACUGGACUCGUUAGUCAACGUGACGCAUCAUGCAGGACGCAUUGCAUUACACGAUAGUGACAAGAACUUUAUAUUCUAUUGGCAUUUUCAAGCAGCUAAGAACGCAGACAAGGCACCGCUUGUCAUCUGGUUAAAUGGUGGUCCUGGAUGCUCGAGUAUGCAGGGUCUAUUUCUUGGUAUCUCACCGUUCAAGAUGGUGAACGAGUCGACAAUCGCCGAGAAUAAGCAUAGUUGGCAUCAGUUUGCUAAUUUACUUUUUGUGGACCAACCAGUUGGGACGGGCAUGUCGUAUACACGUGGCAAUGACUAUCGAUCGGAUGAAAAAGCCGUGGCUGCUGAUUUUUAUGACUUUCUUAUCAAGUUCUUGCAGCGACAUUCUGAGUACCUUGCAGGUAAUGAUGGGGUAAAGUAUUCGCGAGCUGUGUACCUGUUCGGUGAGUCACAUGCGGGACGAUGGAUUCCUCAGUUUUCAGAUUAUAUUUUGAAGCAAAAUGAUGAUCUCAAUAGCUCAAUUCAGAUACGUCUGGAUGGAAGCGGCAUUGGCAAUGGAUGGGUGCACCCAAGAAUUCAGUACGAGUACAGUGACUAUGCUCAUGGUGUUGGAUUGCUGACUUUUGGGCAGGUCCGCUCGCUUAAGGCUUUAUACGCUGAUUGCCUAUCUUUACUGGAUGAUGGUAUAUAUUAUUCAAAAACCUGCUUUAAUAAUAUGGAUGCCAUUAUAAACAGUGUUCAGACCGGAAACGGGGGGACAAAACUGAACAUUUACGACGUGCGGCAGUAUGUGCCCAGCGUUUCAGCGUAUCCACCAGCACGGGACAUGUUUGUAAAGUAUAUGAAUAAGAUGGAAGUACGUAAAGCUGUGCAUGGCAAUGAGGACCAGAAUUUUCGCUUCAACAUGUGCAGUGAUGGUGUCUACCGAGGGCUGGUUAAGUUUGACGGUGUCAGCACGCUAGAUACAGUGCAGUCGCUGCUUCAAGGAGGCUUUCGUAUGCUUUUUUACAACGGCCAAUGGGAUAUGAUGUGCAACCACUAUGGCACGGAAAAAAUGUUGUUGAGUUUGAACUGGAAUGGUUCAAAAGCAUAUCAGCAGGCGAAGAAAUACACGUGGCGAGUAAAAGACCGCACAGAGCCUGCAGGCUUUGCGCAGCAAGAUGGCAACCUGACCUACGUGGUGGUCACGGGUGCAGGACACAUAGUGCCGAUGGAUGUACCGGAUGUGGCUGUAGAAAUGCUGCAUCGCUUUGUCAACAGACUCGAAUUUCGUGAUAUAGCUCAGCGUGUCACCAAUACGGGAUUAAACGCAACCGACCUUGAGGGUUCGUUUUGCUAUGCGCCAUCGGAUUCAUCCGCUUUAGAUGUUGGGGCUUCUACACUCAGUCAGUCUGGUGAAAACAGUAGUCAGGCUCACAUCGGAAUCACGUGGCUAUGGGCGGCGUUGGUAAUCGCAACAGUUAGUAGCAUUCUAUCUGUUUGCGUCACCCUUGCUUGUCUUCGCAACACACGAUACAAACAGUCGAAUCAUGAACUUGUUACGCAAAUAAGUGAUGAUGAACAUAUGGAUCAGCUUGCAAGUAACGAGGAAGAAGAGAGUCCCAAUGAAGAAGAUGGUGGUGAACGUGAGUCUGUUGAUGGUAGAGUCAGCGAGCAACAAGAGCUCGUUCUCGAAUAG